AUGCCUGACGGCAGAGUUUAUCCCGACAACUUUAGUGGUUGGCUGUAUAAAUGGACCAAUUAUAUUAAAGGAUAUCAAAAGCGCUAUUUCGUCUUAUGUAAUGGAUUGCUAUCGUAUUAUCGAAAUCAAGCUGAAAUGGCGCAUACCUGUCGUGGUACCAUUAAUCUAGCUGGCGCACAUAUUUAUACUGAAGAUUUAUUCAAUUUUGUCGUCAGCAAUGGUAGUACACAAGUAUUCCAUCUUCGAGCUGCUAAUGAAGUGGAACGCCAGCGGUGGGUAACCGCUUUGGAAUUAUGCAAAGCCAGUGCGAUCAAGCUAUUGGAAUUAGGUGAUGAGGAAGAUGUUGGCAAGAUAGAAAUUGCACCUUAUGUUAGAUCACUUGGAAAUAAAAUGAAAGAACUUCAAACACGACAUGAAUUAGUAGUUAGCCAUUUAUCCUCAUUUCAAAGGAGUAUAAGUGAAAUACUGGUAGAUGGAACAGAAAACGAUAAUGCUCUAAUCACCAUUAGUGAUAAAGCAUCGAUGUUUAAAAUUACCGCUGUGGAUUUAGCCAAGGCUUGCGAAGAGUAUCUCUCGUUAGCACAAAGUCAAGAAAGGAGAUGGCAACAGGCUAUUGAUUUCGAGCGACAAAAGCGUGCAACUUUAGAAGAAUCUUUAGAGACACUAGCUAAACAAAUGAAUCAUUUAGAAACUCGUUUACGAGCUCAAAAUAAAAUCUCCAGAUCGAGCAGUAUAAAAGGACAUGAUCUUGCUAUGAAUACAUCCGACGACGAAAGUGAUAAUGAGUUUUAUGAUGCUACGGAUGUUACCGUUGAUGUUCCUGCUAAUACACCGCUGAUAAAACCUUCAGUUAGCGUAUCUUCAACAAGCAGUCAACCAUCCGCUAAUAUUAACACGGAAACAGAAGAAGAAUGUGAUGGAGCUGAAGCUAAUUUGGCACUUAAUUUCUUUAACGGAAAAAGAAUUGAUGUACUACUUCGUGAUCGUAUUCCUGAGAAACCUAAUAUUCGCCUAAAUUUAUGGAGUAUUUUAAAAAAUUGUAUUGGCAAAGAGUUGACGAAAAUCCCCUUGCCAGUUAAUUUUAAUGAGCCGCUAUCUUUCCUACAACGGCUGACAGAAGAUCUAGAAUAUUCUGAAAUACUCGAUCGAGCUGCUGCGUGUGAUGAUCCUUGUGAACAGUUAGCUUAUGUAGCAGCGUUCACAGUGUCUUCUUACGCCAAUACUACUUAUAGAAUUUCAAAGCCUUUUAAUCCGUUACUUGGGGAAACAUUUGAAUACGAUCGGAGAUCUGACCUUGGCUGGAGAUCAUUAUGCGAGCAGGUCAGUCAUCAUCCACCAGCUUCCGCACAAUAUGUAGAACACAAAGAUUGGGUUUUAUGGCAAGAUUUUAGUAUGACUAGUAAAUUUCGCGGUAAAUAUAUCCAAAUCAUUCCCCAAGGGAUUGCACAUUUAGUAUUUCCAAAAAGCGGUAACCACUAUACAUGGAGAAAAGUUACCACCACUAUCCACAAUAUAAUUGUUGGAAAACUUUGGGUUGAUCAGUCUGGUGAAAUGGAAAUUACUAAUCAUAGUAAUCGCGACAAGUGUUAUUUGAAAUAUUCGGCUUAUAGUUACUUUGCCCGAGAUACUCCACGGAAGGUAUCCGGCCAAGUUGUUGACGCUAAGCGAUUAGUACGGUACGUCAUUAAUGGCACCUGGGAUAAUAAAAUAGAAUAUGCAAAAGUUAUUGAUCCAAUCCCAUUAGAAGAGUAUUAUAAUGCUGUGAAAUCUGGUAAACCACCUCCAACUACGCAAUCUACGCUAUCUUGGCAAAAGAAUUCCUUACCGCCAGGAAGAGAAAAUAUGUACGGGUUUGCACCUUUAACCUGCUCACUAAAUGCACCUGUAGAUGGCAUUGCUCCUACCGAUUCUAGGCUAAGACCUGACCAACGCUGCAUGGAGAAGGGUGAUUUUGAUGGCGCUAAUAGUGAAAAACUUCGUUUAGAGGAAAAACAACGUGGAAAACGUCAUAAAUAUGAAGCUAUGGUUACAUCUGCGAAAGAAAGCGGGAAUUUACCGCCGAAACCUUUUGAGCCGAUAUGGUUUAAGAAAGUAUUUGAUGAAUUUUGCAAUCGAGAUGUUCAUGUAUACCGCGGUAACUAUUGGGAAAGUCGUGAUGUUCAAGACUUUUCAUCAUCCCCUGAUAUAUUUUGA